GUGGGGCAGUCACUGCUGUUGUGUGUGGAGAUCUCUCAGAGCGGCAGCCCCUGAUCAUGUGACUCCUCCUCCUCCUCCAUGUGACUGAUCACAUGACGGUGACAUCAUCGCAGGUCCUGUAAGCACACGGCUCCUCUACAGAUACAGGUUUCUCCAAUCCAGGAUCCUCUGCUGAUAUCUUCUAUAUAAGAGAAUUCUCCUGGAUGACCCAUCAACCAUGGAGAGAGACAGGAACAAGAUGGCCGACAGGAUCAUAAACCUCACCCUACAGAUACUCUUCCGGCUUACUGGAGAGGAUUACACAGUAGUGAAGAAGUCCUCUAGUGGGCGCUGUCGGGCCCCUGUGUGUGAAGGAUGGGGAAGAACCCUGAGCCCAAUCCCGGGGCCCCCACCUCACUCCCUGAUACAUGAGGAAAUGGAUGAACAGAAGAUCCUAGAACUCAUCAACAAGAUGAUGGAGCUGCUGACUGGAGAGGUUCCUAUAAGGUGUCAGGACGUGGCGGUCUAUUUCUCCAUAGAGAAGUGGGAGUAUGUAGAAGGACACAAGGAUCAGUACAAGGAUCAGGUCAUGAUGGAGGAUCAGCAGCCCCUCACAUCACCAGUCAGAUCCAGUAAGAGAACAGCACCAGAGAGGUGUCCCCGUCCUCUUCUUCCACAGGAUGAUCAGGGAGAUGAUCCGAACAAUAUUAAUGCUCCAGAGACAGAUGUGAGCGGUGAUGAGCAGUAUAAGGAGGACAUUCCUACAGAAAAAGAUCUGAUCUAUAUUAAUGCUACAGACAUAAAGGAAGAAGAUGAGACAGAUGUGAGCGGUAACGAGCAGUAUAAGGAGGAUAUUCCGACAGGGAAAGAGCUGAUCUAUAUUAAAGCUACAGACACAAAGGAAGAAGAAGAAGAGACAGAUGUGAGCGGUGAUGAGCAUUAUAAGGAGGACAUUCCUACAGGGAAAGAUCUGAUCUAUAUUAAUGCUACAGAGAUAAAGGAAGAAGAGACAGAUGUGAGCGGUGUUGAGCAGUAUAAGGAGUACUUUCCUUCAGGUAACCACCCAGAUUCUUGUACCAGGAGAUCAGAGGAGAAUCUUAUAUCUUCAGAUUAUAAAGCAGAUGAUGAUAUCACACAAGAUACAUAUGAAGAACAUUCCAUUAUCCCAGAUACACCCUCAGCCCUUCACAGCCAAGAUCUGUCAUCUCAUCCUUAUAUACAGGUCCUGUCUUCUCAGUCAUCACAGGAUGUUCAGCAAAAUAAAGGUCACAGAAGGGGUGUUGGACAUCAACGAGCUCAUACAGGAAAGAAACCAUAUUCAUGCUCAGAAUGUGGGAAAUGUUUAAUUAAGAAGUCAAGUCUUGUUGAACAUCAGAAAAUUCACACAGGAGAGAAACCAUUUUUAUGUCCAAAAUGUGGUAAAUGUUUUAUUCAGGAAUCAGCUCUUGUUCAACAUCAAAGAACUCACACAGGGGAGAAGCCAUUUUCAUGUUCAGAAUGUGGGAAAUGUUUUACUAAGAAAUCAAAUAUUGUUAAACAUCAAAGAACUCACACAGGGGAGAAGCCAUUUUCAUGCUCAGAAUGUGGGAAAUGUUUUACUUGCAAAUCAAAUCUUCUUAAACAUCAGAGAAUUCACACAGGAGAGAAGCCAUUUUCAUGCUCAGAAUGUGGAAAAUGUUUUACUGAAAAAUCACGUCUUGUUCAACAUCAAAGAACUCACACAGGGGAGAAGCCAUUUUCAUGUUCAGAAUGUGGAAAAUGUUUUACUGAAAAAUCACAUCUUGUUCAAGAUCAAAGAACUCACACAGGGGAGAAGCCAUUUUCAUGUUCAGAAUGUGGGAAAUGUUUUACUGAAAAAUCAUGUCUUUUUAAACAUCAAAGAACUCACACAGGGGAGAAGCCAAUUCAGAGCAAUAAAUGAUGCAGAUAACACAUCUAUAUAUUCACCAUGUACAUAGGAUAUCUGACAUUUAUACAUAUAUCAUAUACUGCAUCUCCAAACUUGUUCCCAAUUGAUAAUAAAAGUUUUCUUUUAGAACGUAGUCACCGAUCCAGCGAUGUCAUCACUAUAGUUUACAUGGUAGGAGAAGAGUGUGGUAUAUGGUUGUGAUAUUCACUGCUCCUCAUGGAGAAGACCCAACAGGCAUAAUCCAUGGGGAGCUGCUACUGGAGACCCAAACACCUCACAGAGAAGGGACUUAUUCCAGUGAUGAAGAAUUCCAGGACGGUCCGGGCUUCACCUGCUGAGACCCUUUUAGAAAGGUUGUGUUAUCCCCGAUCCUAGCUGAUCAUGUGGUGUCCGAUCACUGGACACCUCACUCUGUGCUCGGCUGUUUCUGCAGCUCCCAUAGUGAAUGUACCUCCUCCCUACCU